CUCGUUAAACGUUAUGGCCGACAAACGGCGCCAAACAGAACUUUGACACCAUCGAGCGGUUCAUUUAAACACAACUUUUUAAUUCAAUCCAAUAUGUCAAUGAAACGUUGUCAUAUUUUGUUUUUGCUCACAAAAGUCGGCAAGAAAACGUGUAACGUUAAGCUACCGAGUGGCGGAUAAAGUGACAUCUUAUUUUGACUUCCUGCUCUGUCCCUGCCAUUUCUACUUUGCCGAGCCUGAGAAGAAAUCUUCCGACAUGGACAGCAACAGAAAGAAGUUUGUGUUUAAGUGGAUACGAACUGCAGCUACCCCACCUGCACAUCCUCAGGAGAGGGAUGCUGGGUCAGGCACAUCCUCUCGCUGGAAUAUGUCGCCAUAUGAAGAUUCAGAUUCUGUGCCUCUCAGUGACUCUCCAGGACCUGACGGUCUUGGAGCACUGAGUCUGGACACUCCCAAGAGAAAAGCAGUGGAACUCGGUGAAAGCAUGCCCUCUUCAGGCAAACGUAAGCUGAGAAAGCUUUCCAGGAGAAAUAAUGAACAUUUCAAGACUUCAGAAGAGAAACAUAUGGACGAAUCACCCAGGCAGCUGGAAUCUACAGAGAGCCAGCAAGUGUCCUCACCUUCACCUCAAACUUUCGGCAUGAAAAAAAAAGAGAGGACACCUGAAGAGGUAUCAAAGGCUAUCUGCAGGAGGGCACUGAUCGCAGCCAUUGGUAGCACAAGCACUACAGAUAUCCACAGGACUAGCCUGUCUUUGUCUUCACCAGUGAGGACUGAAGCACCUAGUCCAGUGGCACUUGACAGAGCGGUCACAAAUUUCAAAUGUUCCUCAAUCAAACCUGAGAAUAAAUCUGAAGAUAACAGCACUGCCCAGGAAGAACAGUGGGACAACAGCACAGUUCAGGAAGGACAGUGGGACAACCGCAUGGUCCAGGAAGGACAGUGGGACAACCGCACUGUCCAGGAGGAACAGUGGGACAACAGCACAGUCCAGGAGGAACGGUGGGACAACAGCACUGCCCGGGAAGAACACUGGGACAACAGCACUAUUCGGGAAGACCAGCAGUCCUCCCUCCAGAUGUUUGAGGACACUGAAGGCCAAGUUGAGGACUCGAGGCUCAAAACAGACAGAAGAUGUGUUGUGCUAAAAGGAGAAGAUUCGCCCAAGAGUUUUAUAGCUCCAGACCCCGUGUUUGUAGAAACAACCUCUCAAGACAAGUUAUUUGCUACAGAAAAUGGACCAGAAGCCAAGGACUGUGACUUGUCUUUCCCUGAACUGGAGUAUAUCCCAGAGUCUCCAUCUUGUUUCAUGACUCCUCAGAGUGGCUCUUUUGACAGCCAACAAUGGAGGAGUCCUUCAGUGAGUACGCAGGAAGCUACAACUUCCUCUUCUACCUUUUUAUACACUACUGAAACCACUGGGUCUGCCCAGGCAGCUGCUGAGGACCUGGAGAUGUCUUUCUCACUGCCACAGAGGACAGUUUUUGUCUCAGCCAAGCAACCCCACCCAUCAAACACGGCCCCUUCAAAGGCAUCCAGGGCUGAGACUGGAAGUUUCCACUCGCCCAACAUUAGGGCGCAUUUAACGGAUCCCUUUGCUCUGCCACUACACUCAAACAGAAAAGCACUGAACCCUCACAUGAACUCCAGAACAUCAAGCAGGCGGUCAGAUGUUGUCUCCUCCAUGCGUCACCCCUCCCACCCCUUUACUCACGGUGGCACUCCUAAAAGAAGAUUAUCCCAGGGGGCAGAGCCUAUGUGGACCAGUUAUCCCAAACAGGACAGUCAGGUUGGCUUCAUAGACUCCCACUGCCACAUAGACAUGCUCUAUGGCAAGCUUGGCUUCUGCGGGACGUUCAAAAGCUUUCAAAGGAAGUACCAAAGCAGCUUCCCUCCAGAGUUCAGAGGCUGUAUCGCCAACUUUUGCAACCCGAGGCUCAUGAUGAAGGAGGCCCUGUGGGAAGGUUUGCUGGCUGAAGACAUGGUGUGGGGGGCAUUUGGCUGCCACCCCCACUUUGCCAAGUACUACACAAGUGUCCAUGAACGCAAUAUACUGAUGGCCAUGCAGCAUCCAAAAGCUGUGGCAUUUGGCGAGAUUGGCCUGGACUACUCCCACAAAAACUCCACUGACACCCCCAAGCAAAAAGAGGUGUUGGAGCGUCAGCUGCGUUUGGCUGUGGGCAUGAAGAAGCCUCUGGUGAUCCACUGUAGGGAUGCAGAUGAUGACCUGCUAGAAAUCAUGAAGAAGUGUAUCCCAAGGGAUUACAAAAUUCACAGGCACUGUUUCACAAACAGUUAUCCAGUGAUUGAGCCCUUCCUGACAGAGUUCCCCAACUUGUAUGUGGGUUUCACAGCCCUCAUCACCUACCACAAGGCCACCGAGGCCCGAGAUGCUGUCCGCCGCAUCCCUCUCGAUCGCAUUGUGUUGGAGACAGAUGCACCAUAUUUCCUGCCAAGACAGGUGAAGAAAGAUGUCUGCCAGUUUUCACACCCUGGAAUGGGCAUCCACACGCUGCGUGAGCUGAGCCUGCUGAAGGGGAAAGACAUGGCCACAGUGCUCACCGCCAUCCGAAACAACACCAGUCAACUCUACGGUAUAUGAUCUUCAGAGAUGGUGGGUAAAAAUCGCAAAAAAAAAAGAGGUGACAGAAUCAAAGGUUUUGGAGCUGGUUUGUGACUUUAACAUUUUAUGUGGCUUUUUGUUUUAGAUUUAUCAGUCCUCCAUGUAGAGCUGUAGGAAUAUGGAGGAGUGGUCUUGUUUUAUCUGAAAGACUCAGAAAUAAAAGGCAAAAUAAAGCAAUGACCGAAAGUAAAAUGGCCCGUCUGAUAGAGAUACUCUGCAUUAUUGUUUAUCUGAUCAUAUUUCAUUUCAUUGUUCAUCAAAGAAAUUAAUUCCUGAGCAUUUUUGGUUUUAAGUUCUUGUUGUUUUUGCUGUGUUGACAUAAUUUGACAUCCCUUGUUUGUUAUAAUUUGUUUGGAUGUCCGUCUUGUCCAGCCACUGUGGAAUUUAGUUUGGUUU